CUAGAGUUUGUUCGUUCAGUCUCUAGGGAGAGGUGGAUUCAAACUUUGUUUCUGAAUAAUCGCCUUAUUUAAGAGUAUGAUCAUCCCAAUCAUAACACACAAUUAAGGAAGCGGAUAUUUAUUUUCAGUCAUAUCGCUGUAACUAACUGAUGACUGUAGAGUUGUGGCGGAGACAGAAACAGCAGGAGAUUGUGACCAUGAAGAAUACAAGGCCAUAAGAAGCUGUGGAUCUAAGAUGGGGAAUUCUGAGAGUCAGUACACAAUCCAACACUCCCAAAGCAGUAGUUAUAUCAUUCCUGACAGACGGAAGCAUUAUUCAUCCAAGAUCUGUUCUACCAGAGACAGCAUUUCAUUGCCUUGCAGUGAUAGGAAUGCGGGGUUAAGAUUCAGAACCCCAUCGAAGUCUGACCAUACUUUUACAUCACGCAACUAUGAGUACAUCACACGUAAAUUAAAGAGUAGUGUCAAUCAUCAGUGCAAUGAGGUUUCAGACGACUUGUUUCCUGAAGGUGGUCUGUUGGAGAAGAGUGGCACUGGGGGGAAGAGUAACGGCUGUGAUUAUUACGCUGUCAACACACUGAAAACAACUAGAAAGAGUAUUAGCCUUCAGGACUUUGAGAAACAAAGCAGUCCCAGGAUUGUGAUUAAGAAAGAUGACACUGGAAGAGUAGAUUUUAACCACAUAUCCAACAGUGCCCUUCUCUCAGACAAAUGCUCCGGACCGGUUCAGCUCCUCAGGUUUUCCCCUACCAUAGAGUCCAGUUCUAAUAUAUUUGGAGUAACACCAUCAUUAGUAGUCAAUUUGGAGGCUCCACAACUAGUUGGCAACUUCAAGAGAAGAAAAGGCAGCUCUUUGACCUCUGAUGACUCCCUGUAUGACUUGUCCUGGACUUGUGGGACUUGUGUAGAACCUAAUGAUUCCGACAUUACCUACUCUAACAGUGAAACACAAAGUAUUUCAACAAGAAAGGUUGGAGUUUUUGCUCAGCAGUCACCUGACAUUACUAUAGCUGACCUCUGCAAGGAUCCCAAAAUUGCUGCCACAUUUUUGCAGUUUUCAAAUGAUAGCCCUUUAAAGCAAAGAACCUCAUUUGUAUCUGUGAUAGAGGAAUCUGGUUUAGAGGGAUGCCAAGGGGAAAAGCAGUAUUCCUUCUUCACCUUACCUUGCCAGAAACCUAAGCCUGUUCUAGAGAGUACGAGAAAGAGCGAGACAAUUAGGAACCAAUUUAGGCAUAUCAGUAACUUGACAGGAAGCUUGACCUGGAAAAAGAAGAAGUUACAGGAGCCAAAGUAUAAUGAGCUCACCGAUUGCUUUGAUAGUGGUGUGGAUUGCCUGACUGCAGACACUAGUUCUCCUUCUCAAGUCUCCAGCCUUCUGGGUGUCUCCAAUGGCACAUCUCAAACCCACUCUCAAUCUCAGGCACUGCAGUUCUGCAGCCGUUCUGCCGGUGCCCUUCUUUUGGACACUGACACUGUGCAGAAAAACGUCUACAAGAACUUCAUGAAGGAGUUAAUAACUGGCCAGCCUUCAGCAGAAGGUGGAGGUGAGGAGUCGGGUGAGAAUUUCACAGAUGAGACUGAGAGCAGUAGUCAAGAAACCCUCGGCUCUCUAAAGCACCUAGACAUACUGUUUGAGAAAGAGCAAGGUGUAGUUCGACGGGCUGGGUGGCUCUACUUCAAGCCUUUGCUUACUGUACACAAGGACAGAAAACUCGAGCUAGUGGGUCAUCGAAAAUGGAAGAAAUUCUGGGUCACUCUAAAGGGUUGUACUCUCCUGUUCUAUGACAGCUAUGGAACAGCUUUUUCAGAACAAGAGCUGUCUCCAUGCUGUACCCUGUUAGCUGACGAUGGCAUAGUCCAGGCUGUUCCUGAGCAUCCCAAGAAGGAGAAUGUGUUCUGCCUCAGCAAUGUCUAUGGUGAUGUCUAUCUUUUUCAGGCCUCUAAUCAGACUGACUUGGAGAAUUGGGUAACAGCCAUCCAUUCUGCUUGUGCGUCUCUUUUUGCCAAACGCAAUGGGAAGGAGGACACAUUGCGUUUGUUACAUGGAGAGAUCCGUGGGAUUCUUCAGAAGAUUGACAUGGACAGCAAGAUGAAAAAAAUGGCAGAGCUCCAUUUGCCCAUUGUUGGUAAUCCCAAGAAUAGGAAGGCUAUUGAAGACCAGAUUCAACAAUGGGAACAGAACCUUGAGCGAUUCAACAUAGACCUAUUUCGCAUGCGCUGCUACUUGGCCAGUCGUCAAGGGGGAGAGCUACCCAACCCCAAGAGUCUCCUGGCUACAGCCAACCGCGCAACCAAAGCUGCACUGGCACGACUGGGAAUCUUCUCUGUUUCCUCAUUCCAUGCACUGGUCUGUUCCAGGGACGAAGCAACAAUGCGAAAACAUUCUCUCUCUCUAUGCCAACAUGGUCACUGUAAAAAAGGUUUUUUUUCAUCUAUCAUGGGCCUGAACACUCUUACCAAGAAGGGUCAUGAAAGAAAGCUAUCUGUUUCACAGCGGCUUUUAGCUAAUAUUUACUCAAUUUUACCACCUGAAGGCAGCCGGAGGAAUUGCAGUCAGGAUAUCUCAAUUUGUGUCUAUAUGCCAAACUACCAGACUGUUACAAUUCUUCUUAAAAGUCAUCACACUGUAAGGGAUGUCUUGACUGAGGCCUGCAUGCUCAAGGGCCUGGACCCCAAUUUGCACUGUUUAAAGCUGAGGAGAUGUGUAGAAGACAGGAUGGAGAUAUUUGCACCAUCAGCUAAUGAGCUUCUGCAGGACUUGUCAUAUGAUGAGCUUGAGGUUUGCCAACUAAACACCUUCACUCUGCAUAUUUCUCGACCAACUCUAACUGUAGACUUUGGGUUUGCUGUUACAGGCUAUGUUGACAGCAUCAGAAACAGUCAUAUCACUGUCAGUGAAGUUCUCCCUAAUGGGCUUGCUUUCAGCAAAGGGCUCAGGCCAGGUGAUGAGAUCUGGUUUUUGAAUGGAUUUGAGGUGUCUUCUCUGGACCUAGCUCUGAUCCCAACUUUAUUUAACGAUCUGACUGUGAAGCUGACUGUGAAACGCCCUCUGCCCUCCAUCCAAUACCAUACAGAUGCAAACACAAAGCCAUUAAACAGAAACUGUCUCAAAAACCACCACAGAGCCAAGUCGUCAACAGAUGUGUCCUGUGCGGCAGAAAUCUUGGGUUUAACUGUAGAUAAUGAUAUUCAGCAUCAGCAACACAGCCAUCAAACAGUGCAUCAUAGCAAGAGUGUGGACACCGUAUGUUCUUUGUAUCAGUACUUCCAAGAAGAUUCUGGGAUUUUGAUGGAGGGCCAGAGGGAGCCAAUGGGGCCAGAACCAUCCAUGCUGAGGCCCUAUCCAUGGCAUAUGUCUGCCACAGAGAGACUAUGCAAGGUCAUUCAGGAAUUAGUAGACACAGAGAAAUCCUAUGUAAAGGAUCUUAACUCCCUGAUUGAAAUUUACCUAAAUCCCUUGCAAAAGGAGAGCUUUCUCACCCAAGAUGAGAUGGAGAGCCUAUUUGGCAGUCUUCCAGAGAUGCUGAGCUUCCAAAAAGUUUUCCUGCUGACCCUGGAAGAGCAGAUUAGUUCCUCUCCAAACUUAAGCAUACUGGAGACCCCUGUGCAAUUCAAGAAGCUGCUCUUCUCCCUUGGUGGAUCAUUUCUAUAUUAUGCAGAGCACUUCAAACUUUACAGUGGUUUUUGUGCGAACCACAUCAAAGUGCAAAAGGUUCUGGAACGAGCUAAAACAGAUCGAUCCUUUAAGGAGUUCCUUGAUGCAAGAAAUCCAACUAUGCAGCACUCAACUACUCUAGAGUCCUACCUAAUCAAACCAGUACAGAGAGUGCUGAAAUACCCACUGCUUCUCCGCGAGCUGGUAUCUCUAACAGACAUAGAUAGUGAGGAGCACUACCAUCUCACAGCGGCAUUGAAGGAAAUGGAAAAAGUUGCUAGCCACAUAAAUGAGAUGCAGAAGAUCUACGAGGACUAUGGUGCAGUUUUUGAUCAGCUGGUAGCAGAACAAAAUAGCACUGAGAAGGAGGUCCGAGAGAUUUCAAUGGGACAGUUCCUCGUGCAUUCUUCUGUCAUCUGGCUCAACCCGUUCCCAUCACUGGGCCGUAUGAAAAAGGAUCCUGAGCUGACUGUAUUUGUUUUCAAGAGAGCUGUGAUUCUGCUGUACAGAGAGAAUAACAAAAUGAAAACGAAAAUGCCAACAUCAAGAUCAGCCCAUGGAAAUCAGGAUCCAUUUAAGAUUCGCUGGCUCAUUCCCCCGUCAACUCUGCAGAUUAGACUUGGCAAUACUGCAGAGACUGACUGGGAGUUGAUCCACACCAAAUCAGAAAAAGAGGGCAGGCCUGAAACGGUUUUCCAGUUAUGUAGCAGCACCCUAAAGUGCAAACUCAACAUCAUCAAGGCGAUUCGCUCCAUCCUGAGGGAGAAUUUGCGGCAAAACAUGAAUAGAACUGAUCAACCUGCUGAAAGAACCUGCAAAAAGCGACUUAGUCCCCUCCGGAAGACUCUGCCACCCUCUGCUAAGCUAGGGUCUUCUCGAGCCUCUUGGCUCUGCAAAAAGACUUCAAAUGACACUUGCCACUCCUUUAAUGACCUGCUGAGGCAUGCUCUUCCAGAUUCAGAUUCAACAAGUUUAAGCAGUUUGACCACCAGCAAUGCCAGUACUCCUCUGGAUCACCCAUCAGAUCUACCAAUUCAUCAGACUGGCCUUAAAGAAUCCAUCAGUGAUGAGGACAAUGAAUACCGUGAGCAAAAUGAAUGUCAAGACUCUCAACUCUUGGGCUCUGCUAUCGAGACCAAGUUUCAAAAGCUUCAAUUGACAGAAAAGUCAUCUCAGAGACCUGCUCCUUGUGUGCAGCCAGAGAGUGAAGUGGACACCCCAGAAAGGCAGGCUUUUAUCAAACAAGCUAAUUUCUGUGCAAUGAAUCGCACGCCUGGCAGAGGCAGCACAAAUAACUUUAGACGAGAACAGGUGUCACUAGGGAACAUGCGUCGACACAGCCACUCCUUGGACAGCCAGACAGAGUCGAUGGCAAAUAAUGUUGACCUUAAUUCACUACUGGAAAAAGAUUUCAGCGUGCAGAGCUUGACUUCUGUUGUCAAUGAGGACAUCUUCUAUGACAACACGACAGAGGCAAAAAAUGGUGCUGCAACAACCUCUUCGCAUCCCUUACCUAGUUGAGCUGUGCAUUACUGGUAAAACAACUGGAAAUAAAAGUGAAACAACUACAGGAACUGUCAGGUUUCAGUUUUUGCUUUGUAUUAGGAACACUACAUUACAUUUUAAUUUACUGUAGAUUUAAUGAUUUGCUUUUUAUAAACCUUAUUUAUUGAAAAGGUUAUAUUUAUAUUAACUAAGUAGGUGGGUUCAGAUUUGUAUGUGUUUUGUGUUGCAUUAAAUGGUUUACCAAAGCUCUCACAAUGCAUGUAAACCACAUACUUUCCUUAUGAUCAGCAAAAUGUACAACUGUAACAUUUUGUAUUCAGCAUUUAAUUAAACAUGCAAUUCUUAAUGUGCUUACCAUUAAAAUAAAGUCAGCAAUUGAUGUGGGUAUUUUUAUGUUUAGAGGUGCACAGAGUUUUUUCAUGGUUUACUGUAACCUAAUGAUUUAACAAAUAU